UGUAUUUGUUGUUGCUUCAUAUUCUCGUUUUUAGAUCUAUUUCGGCCUAAGCUUCCAUUCCCGGUGAUCCCUUUAACCGUUACGAUUCCUACAGAUAGCAAAAUGCUUUGGACAAUUGCAGGACCUUUUCUUUUCAAGAUGGGGGAGAAACUGGCAGAUUAUGCACAAGGCACUGUGAUGGCGAUGACAAACUACAAUAUAAUAUUAGAAUCUCUACAAAGGAACUUGAAAUCGUUGAGUGAUAAAGCAUUUGAUGUUGAGAAGGAGGUCAAGAAUGGUGAGCAAUCAGGUGUGAAGAAAAGGAAGCGUGAAGUUGAGAGCUGGUUGGCAGAGGUGCAGAAACUUGAAAUGGAAUUCACAGAAUUUAGGGUUUCUAUGAAUUCUGAUGAAUUCACUAGUUGGUUCUUUAGGGGAGAUCAAGCCCAGAAGUUGAGUAUAAGAGUAGAGGGAUUAGUUGAGCAGAGUCGACAUUUUGGUGAACUGCUUUAUGCAUGUGAACCCGAGCAAGUUCCGCUCUUGACAAAGAAGAUGGUGGGCAAAAAGUUUGAGGAGAACUUCGAGAGGAUUUGGAAUUUGUUAGUGAAUGAUGGAGUGUCAAGCAUUGGGAUUCAUGGCAUGGGCGGAGUCGGUAAGACAACACUGACGAAGCACAUUUACAAUCGAUUUGUUCAAGGAGCUCAACAUGUUGUUAUUUGGGUAACAGUAUCUCAGAUAUUCAGGAUUAAAAACUUGCAGGAUGAAGUUGCCAAGGCAAUGCAUCUAGAUAUUUCGGAGGAGCCGAAUGAAGACAAAAGAGCUGCGAUGCUGAAUCGAGUACUAUCAAGAAAAGGGAAAGUUUUGUUGAUAUUUGAUGAUGUAUGGGAAAAAUUCAAUCUCGAAAAGAUUGGAGAUCCACUUUCUUUUUCGGAGUGUAGACUAAUCAUAACAUCCCGUUCGUCGGAAGUGUGUCAUCAAAUUGGUUGUCAACAAGUUAUUCCAUUGGUAACACUCAAUAAGAGUGAAGCUUUGAGUUUAUUUACAAAAACUCUUGGUGAAGGGAUUACGCUAACUUCCCAAGUACAAGAGCUUGUAAAGCUUAUGGCAGAGCAGUGCGACGGAUUGCCAUUGGGAAUAAUCACAGCAGCCGGAAGUAUGAAGGGUAAGUCGGGCAUUCGAGAGUGGAGAAUUGCAGUGAAAGACCUAAAAGAAUCAAUUCUGAGAGAAGAUGGAGCUGAUGAUGGAGUUUUCAAAAUACUCAAGUAUAGUUUCGAUCGGUUGGAUCAGGGAGAAGAGAAGUUUAAUGGAUUUACAAUUCUACAACAUUGUUUCUUGAAUUGUUGUUUGUAUCCCGAAGAUUCAGAAAUAAGUAAAGAAGAAUUGAUCGAGCUACUCGUUUCAGAGGGGUUGUUGAGUAAAAGGAGUAGUAGAAGAGAAAGGGUGGAUUGGGGUCAUGUCAUAUUGAAUAAACUAGUGAAUGUGUGUUUGUUAGAGAGUGAUGGAAUGUGGUGGGUGAAGAUGCACGAUUUAGUGAGAGCCAUGGCAUUAAAGAUCACAAAGAAUAAAUAUUUGAGAAUCGACAGGCGAAGUUUCGUGGUUGAGGGAGAAGAAUGGAGUAGAGAUCUCGAGAAGGUUUCUUUGAUGAGGAAUGACAUCGAACAUAUACCUCCCGGAUUGUCUCCAAAAUGUCCCAAGCUCUCAACAUUGCUCUUGCAGUACAAUUUGCUUUUUGGGCGUAUACCGGCUUCAUUUAUCUUGAAGAUGCAUGGUUUACAUGUUCUUAAUUUGAAUAAGACUGCAAUUAAAGCAUUACCGGAUUCUUUAUCGAAUUUGAGGAGCAUGAGAUCCCUUCUCCUAAGGGGUUGCAACAAUCUUAAAUAUAUUCCGGACUUGGGAAAUCUCGAAGAGCUAAGAGAGUUGGACAUUUCAGGGACUCGAAUCAAUGAAUUGCCUCUAGGAAUGCGAAAACUAGUCAAUCUCGAAUGCUUGAAGAUUUCUGCCAAAAACUUGAAGAUAUUACCAAGCAAUAUAUUGCUGAAUUUCCGAAAACUUCAAUGCCUCCAUCUUCCAUUUCAUAUUGAAGCACCAAUGAAAGAAAUUGAGAAGUUAGAACAGCUCGAGGAGUUUGAAGGACGAGUAAAAGAUGCGGAUGAUUUUGGUCGAUUGAUGGUAUGCCUACCAAAAUUCAAGGAGUACAAUCGAUCUUAUGGUGUUGUUGUGGGAGAAUUUCUAGGCCAGCCGCAAAGAACACCAUAUGGUGAUAAUGAAGUGGUUGUGAAUGGGAUGAGGCUAAAUGGAAAAGGGAGAAGAGAAGUUCUUGCAUGGCCACACGACAUAAAAGGCGUUGGAUUUGGAAAGUGCGAGGGACUAAGCAAAUGUUUGAUCGAUGACAUUCAAGGAUUAAGUAUCGAUAUCAAAUCAUGCAAACUUUUAACAAUAUACGAAUGCGAAGGGAUAGAGUGUAUUUUGAAAUUGGAGGAGAAGUUUCCAUUAGAUCUUCCAUUGCAAAAUUUGGAAUUUAUGAAGUUGGAGAAGUUGCCUGAUCUGAUGGGCGUGGUGAUGUUUCGAAGUGCAUCUCCACCAUUGUUGUCGUCUCUUCAGGAGCUGUAUAUUCAUGAAUGCAACAAGAUGAAGAACCUGGGGUUGCCACUAUCACUCUUGGGGGGUUUACAAAGCCUUGAAGUGAUGAGUGUCGAAAGAUGUGAAGAAAUAGAAGAGAUAUUUGAAGCUGGAAAUCGUGCAUCAUCAUCAUCUCAAAGACUCCAUCUCCCAAAAUUGAAGGAACUACAUCUCAAGCAGCUCCCAAAAUUGAAGAGCAUCUGCAACUCGACACUGCUCUGCAGUUCCACUCAAGAAAUCUCGAUAAAAGGAUGCACACAAGUGAAGAAGCUACCAUUGCUAUUUGGAGAAGCAGCAAAGUGUGAUUAUAGUUAUGAUUCUCCUCUUCCACCUGCCUCUCAGAAGUUUCAAAUCCGAAUUCGGAGAUCAGAGAAGGACUGGUGGGAGUCUUUGGAGUUGGAGCAUCCCUCACUUCAUCCCCUCCUCCAACCCUUUCUUGAGCUGCAUUAAUGUUUU